AAAGCAACAAAACUUUGGCUUAGUGUUUAAGAGAUGUUUCUGAGAGAGAGGCAGUACGUUGGGAAGUUUGUUUAGUGUGUUUUAGGCUCUGGGUGGUUCAUGUGGUGCUAGGAGGGACUUGUGGGGAAAUGGAAACUUAUCUUGCUACAGAAACAGCUCAACCUGAAAAAACUCAACCUGUUGUCAUGCACACUUUUAACUCUUGCACAACCUUACCUGAGAUUGCUCCAGAGCUUAUAGACAGGCCCACAGGUUUACAAACUCCCCAGAUGUGGUCAGCCGCGAUGGCUCCCUCAGAACACCAAUGGAUGCUAGUCUGGAUACUUUUAUUCUUUGUGUUGCACCAAGGAAGAAACCCUGGGUGUCUCUUUUGAACUGCUCUGAUUUGAGCACAGGGGAGUCAUGUGACUUAACAACCUAUUUCAACAACGCACACUGCUAUUAUUUGGCCCGAGUUCAAGCGUUCGUUCCAGACCAGGAAUCUAACUGGACCAGUUCGAAACUGUUUUACCCCAUGCUGGACACAAUUCUGGGUGCUCCAGUGGUGGAGCUCACAGGCUGUGGAAACUGCUUGCUCCUGCAGCUCAGUCCUCCAGCCAGCAGGGGGCACCGCAGACAGCUGGAAUUCUUCUUUAGUGACUACGUUGUUAAUGUCUCCAGGACUAGAGACAAGGCACAAUUUGUUAUAAGGGCAUCCUCUGGAAAGAAUCUUAUCAAUUACCUAGAACUUGGGGUGGAGUACUGCAUCACAGUCCUUCCAGUAACAAACCUGAAUAACGCUGUUGUUCCCUCUGGACCUCACUGUACCUACACCAGCCCAGCGCCAGUCAACACAGUGCCUGUGUUUGUGGGUGCACUCUGCACUCUCUUUCUCUUGGUGGCACUGUUCUCUGCAGCCCUGAUCUACAGAGGUCAGCUUGGUGUUCUCCACAAGCUGCUACCAAGAACAUUGAGUGCUUAGGUUCUCCACUGGCUUUGAUGUUUCCUGGACCCCUGAGUAUUGCCAACAUCAAAAUGCAAAUGCUUAAUGACCCAGAGAGCUAUGACAGCACUUUGCAGGCCAGGUUCUAAAAGUAGAAUGUGAUGUUCUGGUUUAAGAUGUUCUUAAAGAGCCUCUGUGAGACACUUGUAGAACUGGAUGUUCUGCUAGCCUGAUUGGUGAAGAUGCAUGUAGAUACAUGUACACUGCCACUCAAAAGUGUGGGUUCACUGAUUUCAUUCUUAUAAAACCAGUUUCUUUGAAGAUAUGUGUAUAAAAUGAUUCUACGAUAAAACCAUUUUCUUACAAUUUCAAACAGGCUGCAGGAACCUGUAAAAAUUAAGACAUUUUCGAUGAUAAAUUGGGCUGUAAAUGAUUUCAUGAUAAUUGAGAAAUCUGUACAGCAUUGAGAAUGACAUUCUAAAGAAACUGAUCUGAGCUUCAUAUUUGAAAACCAAAUCUCACUAACAUCUAUUUAUAGUGUUUUUGUGACAACAGUUUCAGUAAACAGAAAAAUUAUAGCUUAUUAUUUAAAAACACCAGCAUAUAAUUUUUUACUAUGUCCUAACUUCAUGUUAUUCCCAAAAUACUGUAAACUGUGAAUAAAGUAUUGGUUUUAGUAUAUUGUUUAUAGAAUUUGAAUGUACGCUGUAUAAGUUACUAUUGUAUAACAAUUAUUGUUAUGAAAAGUGACCCCAAACUUUUGAGCGGUAGCAUAGUUUAAGAACAUUUGGCUUUCAAACAUUUUUACUGAGUCCAUGAUCGUAGCUGCUACAUUAACCCAAUAUAAGGUACAAUUCGUUAGCUUCUGGUGUGAGUUCAAUUCUAUACUAUACUCUUGAAGUAUCACUCUUCUAACAAUCAUUUCUGCAUAAUUAGGUUGAAAUACAUCAUUCCAGAGGAAUUAUACUAUUCACAGUGCUGGUGAUAAGAAGCAGACAUCCACCUCUAAAGGCCCCCUCACAUAAAGUUAUUAGAUGAAACGGUUAUCAAUAAGCUGCCUGAUGUCUGAGACAUUGUUUUAUGACAGUUUUGAGACAAUUUUAGCCUUAAAAUCCUUUAAUGGCGGAGGAAUACAUGCAGGGUGUUGUGAGGCAAUAUAAUCCCCAAAGAA